AUGGCUCCGUGUUAUGGAGAAGCUCAGGCCCUCAUCCUCGUCUUUGGUCUCAAUUUGUUCUCCAUCUUUUGUGAUGGAUGGAUUUGGGGAAAGAUUUUCUAUGUUCUAUGUCUUAGAGGAUUCUAUCCCUAUACAACCACUACUUUGACACUUCUAAUUAUAGCUACGGUUUUUACUCUAAUAGCUGGGAUUCUACAAAUCCUCUGCAUGGUGAAACAAACUGAACGAUAUCUCCUGACCUCAAGAAUUCUAACCUUUAGUCAUAGCUACCAUAUUCUACUUUUUUGA